CUACAAUGAACUAUAGCGUCAUUCCGACGUGGACCGUUUCAGCAGAAGGCCAGUUCGUUCUUCGGAUACGAAUAACGUAUCAACGGUGUUCGAGUAUAUUAACAUUAAGCAAGGCUCAGUUCUUCCUUUCUUCUCGAUCAUUGCGGUUCUACCUUACGAGCGGACACACCAGAUCGAAAGUAAAAUCAAGACAUGUGGUGCCUUUUGUUGGUCGCUUUUAUUGUAGUGGCAAAUGGCCACGAUUUUAAAACGAUUUAUUCGUGGAACUACGUCGACUUCGAUUUUCCAAAUGAAUCAAUUCGAGACUCGUUAAUAUCCAGUGGUCAUUAUAUUCCUGAGAAUAAUAUGCCACUUGGGCUUCAGUCUUGGAAUGAUAAGUUCUUUAUUACGAUACCACGAUGGAAAAAUGGUGUAGUUUCUAAUUUGAAUUAUAUCUCGAAAAAUGAUCAAUCACAAUCUCCAAAAUUAAUUCCAUAUCCUAAUUGGGAAAUGAAUUGCAUUGAUUUUCCUGGUAGUAUUGUAAGUAUUUUCCGCACUAAGGUUGAUGCUUGUGAUCGGCUUUGGGGUGUCGAUACAGGUAUUACUGAUAUUUUAGGCAACGCCACUGUUGUACAACCCGUAAGAAUCUUUGUCUUCGACCUAAAAACCGACAAGGUACUUAGAGUGUACACUCUGAAAGAUUCCGAUCAAACAUCUAAUUCGUUUUUCGCUGAUGCGGUUGUCGAUGUCGAUCCAAACAAUUGCGACAAUGCUCACCUUUAUAUUUCUGAUUUGAGCGGAUACGGUAUAGUAGUUUAUAGUUGGGCUAAGAAUGACUCUUGGAGAAUCACACACAACUAUUUUCAUUUUGAUCCUCUUCAUGGUGAUUACAAUAUCAGUGGUUAUAAUUUCCAAUGGACUGACGGUGUUUUUGGAUUGUCUUUAUCUACACCAAGAAACGAUGGUUAUAAAACAUUAUACUUCCAUGCAAUGUCUGGUAUUACCGAGUUUUCUGUAUCCACUGAAGUCUUACAGGAUGAUACAUUAAAGAGAUCAAGCGAUUAUCACACUUUCCACGUUGAGGGUAAAAAGGGUGCAAGAUCUCAGGGACCAACAUCCUUGAUCGAUACAAAAACUGGUAUUGAUUAUUUCACUCAAGUCAGUAAAAAUGGUGUAGCUUGUUGGGAUACUAGUGUACCCUUGGAUGAAGACUCUUUUGUGCUCGUAGCUCAAGACAAUACAACGUUGGUCUUCCCGCAAGAUAUAUCCAUCGAUCCGUUGUUCAACAUGUUAUACGUACUUUCCGAUAAUUUGCCGCAACUUAUGUUCUCAAAUUACGAUCCAAAGACACGUAAUUUCUUCCUUACAGCGGCUGAUCUUGAUUCUUUGACGCCUGCAUGCAAGAAACAAAAUUCCAAAAGCAGAUGAAUCCUUGGUAUAUUUCAGUGAAUUCACUUAAUUCUUAAAAUUCUUUAGAAUGAAAAUAAAUUUUAUGAAUUAUCAAAUAAAUAUAUAAUAUUCUUUAAAAAA